AUGUGUAUUCAUCUCAACCAGAAAGUUCGUGCCUCAUCAAAGGUGCACAUUCAACCUUCUCAAUCCAUUUUCCUCUCAAUACCUGCCUCAAAUCCUAGUUUCUCUACUUCUUGCAUUCUUAAAACCGAAAUCAAAAUCACUCUGAAUGUUUUGAUGGCACUCCCUUUUAUAUCCUCACUAUCUAUUCAGUCCUUAACCUCAUGUUCCUCUAAUUCAAAGACUCAUCCAACCCGUCUGCAUUCCCUCUCUAGACCCUUUUCCAUGGUGUGCCAGAUAGACCCUAAAAGACACAAUCUUCAAGAUGGUUCCCACAAGCAAUGUAUCACCAUUAGUGAAGUGUCCAAGAGUUGGAAAAACAUUGUUUCAACAGCAUUGGCGACUGCUGCAGUUAUUAGCUUCAGCUCUGGCAUUCCUGCCAUUGCAGACCUUAAUAAGUUCGAAGCCGAAACACCUGGUGAAUUUGGAAUAGGAUCAGCUGCUCAAUAUGGUUCUGCAGACCUCAGGAAAGCAGUACAUGUGAAUGAGAAUUUCAGGAGAUCCAAUUUCACAUCUGCUGAUAUGAGGGAAUCUGAUUUCAGUGGUUCAACAUUCAAUGGUGCAUACCUUGAGAAAGCUGUAGCAUAUAAGGCUAAUUUUUCUGGUGCAGAUUUGAGCGACACAUUGAUGGAUCGUAUGGUCCUCAAUGAAGCCAAUCUCAAGGACGCUGUGCUUGUUAGAUCAGUCCUCACUCGAAGUGAUCUUGGUGGUGCCCUUAUCGAAGGCGCUGAUUUCAGUGACGCCGUCUUGGACCUCUCUCAAAAGCAGGCUCUCUGCAAGUAUGCGAAUGGCACGAACCCGACUACAGGGGUGAGCACAAGAACAAGCCUAGGUUGUGGGAACAGUAGACGAAAUGCUUAUGGUUCUCCGUCAUCCCCUUUGUUAAGUGCUCCACCACAGAAACUACUCAACAGGGACGGAUUCUGUGAUCCGGAAACUGGUCUUUGUGAUGUAAAAUGAUAUCAAUGCUAAGCGCGGUAAUUAGGUUUACCAACAUUGAACGGAUCGCAUACGACAUAUGUGUGCAGCAGUAAAGAAAAUGCAGAAUGAACAAAAACACCCCUGUGAACCCAGAAGCAGACCCAUAUAUAUGAAACGUGCACAUUUGAAACAGCUAGGCAUCAAUUUUUAUUAUUAUAAAUCUCCAUGUAUUUUGGACAUAUUCUGAGGAGAAAUAGUUU